CAGCUGUAUCCAAUCACAGCUGAUCACAUCGCCACCUGUCAGUGUCCAGCAGUGCCAGCUCUCAGUGCUCAUCCAUGCCACCUGCCAGUGCCCAUCAGUGCCACAUUAAUGCCACAUAUCAGUGACCAUCUGAGCUGCCUUUCAGUGUUAACCAUCAGUGCCAGUCAGUGCCACCCUAUCAAUGCCAGUCAGUGCCACCUGUCACUGCUGCCAAUCAGUGCCACCUAUCAGUGCCAGUCAGUGCCGCCUAGCAGUGUGCAUCAGUGCCGCCUAUCAGUGCCCGUCAGUGCUGCCUAUCAGUGCCGCCCAACAGUGCUAGUCAGUGCCACCUAAAAGUGUCAGUCAGUGUUGCCUAUCAG